GUGGAGGGAGAAGUAGCGGCGCAGGGCGCGUGGGACUAAUCAUCCAGAGACCUGCCAGAGGCCACAAGAAAUCAUGGGAAGGGUUUUCCUCACAGAAGAAAAGGCCAAUUCAGUAUUAAAGCGCUACCGCAGAGCUAAUGGAUUUCUUGAAGAAAUAAGGCAAGGCAACAUUGAACGUGAAUGCAAAGAAGAAAUCUGCACAUUUGAAGAAGCAAGAGAAGCUUUUGAAAAUAAUGAAAAAACUAAGGAGUUUUGGAACACGUACAGCAAAGCACACCAAGGGGAGAGUAACCGAGGUAGUGACUGGUUUCAGUUUUACCUGACCUUUCCGUUAAUCUUUGGCCUCUUCAUCAUCCUCCUUGUCAUUUUUCUAAUCUGGCGAUGCUUCUUGAGAAACAAAACUCGCAGACAGACAGUAACUGAGGGCCACAUCCCUUUUCCUCAGCACCUGAAUAUCAUUACUCCUCCUUCUCAACCAGAUGAAAUGUAUGACAGCAGUGGGCUGUCUCCAGGCUUUUUGGAAUAUGUAGUUGGUCGCUCAGAUUCUGUCUCCACUCGGUUGUCCAAUUGUGACCCACCACCGACCUAUGAGGAGGCCACCGGCCAGGUGACCCUUCGCAGGAGUGAAACAGAACCUCAUUUAGACCCACCCCCGGAGUAUGAGGACAUCAUCAACUCCAACUCAGCCAGUGCCAUUGCAAUGGUGCCUGUGGUCACCACCAUCAAGUGAAGCCACAAAGGUCUUUAUAUUCUAACCAUUUUGACAAUACUAAUGAAAGAACUUUCUAGCACUUUACCACUACAUAAAUUUGCAUUGACUUGUUUUAUUGGACUCCUACAGCAUACCACUUCACAAUUUUCGAUUUGAUUUUCUUUAUAUUUGUUUCUUGUUACAAAGUCCUUAUCUAUGCGCAUUUUGCUAGUGGACACGUGAAGAAAAUAACAUACUCAUGGAGGUCUUCAUGUAAUGCAAUGACGCUUAUAUGGAUAUAUGUGUGUAUGUGUAUCUAUAUGUAUGUAAUGCAUAUAUACAUGUGUGUAUCAACACAGUAUAUAUGCAAGUUUUUUUAAAGAGCUAUUAACUUAUAUCUCAAUCACCUGUAUAGAGAUCAUUACUCACAAAAAUUAGGGGAAGGGGCACCAUCAAUUUGUGUAAUAGAUAGCCAGUAACAUGCUGUUCAAUUUUGCAAAUAAGAUAUAGUUAGCAUGAAUUCUCUCACUGGCUUUUGUUAAAAGGAAAAAAAAUGCAUGUAGUAAACCUCGAUUUUAGAAACAUCGCAGAGAGAAAGUAUGAGCAGUCAAUGAUAACUCAAGGUGCGUAGCAAGAAAAUCAUUGGUCAUUUGUAGCAUUUGGUAAGUUUUAUAAUUAACCACCACCCGGGAAAUUGAGCAGUGUGUGACUCACAUCUUUGAAUGUCUCAUGACAUUUGUAGUGACCUCCUCAUUGAGGGGUUUCUUUGACAAGGAAACCAUUCUAGAGUGAGCCCUGGUGGCCCAAUGGUUAAACACUCAGCCUCUAACAGAAAAGUUUGUGGUUUGAGCCAACCAGCAGCUCUGCAGGAGAGCCCGGCCAUCUGCUUCUGUAAAAAAGGAAGCCUAGGAAACUUGAUGGGACAUUUCUACUUUGUCACAUGGGAUUGUAUGAACUGAACAUCAAUUUGCCAGCACCCAACAACAUCAUAUGUAUGAGACAGGGAAUGGAGACAGAUGACUUCCUUACUCAUACGUGGCAAUAAUUAUUUACUGUUUCAUUAUCAUUUUACUCUAAUGUUACUUUCUAUCCUACCACCAGUCUCUCCAAACACUUAAGAGUUCAGUUAGAAUGCAAUAUUUGAGAUUAAUGUAGUAAUGCUUUUGUUUAGGUUAAGGUCUUUGCCUCAAGAUGAUUAGAAGGCAACUUUCCAUUAAAUUAAGAACUGUCAUUUUUACUUUGCCCUCCUGUUUGUGGAUAAGGUUGCAAUGUCUGUGUUGUGCCAGGUAUAUACACUAAACCUAACUGUAGCCCCAUCUAGACCUCAUGAUUGUUUGUUUCCUUAGGUAUUUUUAUCAGCUUUGCUUUCUUUUUUUUCCCUUCUUCUCUUGGAAUGGAGAGAACAGAUAAUUGAACUGCUUACAUAAAUUGGUUCAGAAAGGAAAAGUUUAGGCAGUUUCAUAUGAGGUCCCAUAAUAUACUCACUGGUAGAAAAUACAUUAGAUCCUUUCAGGGAAAUGUCGGUGCCAAUCCAAGCCAUCCUAGUGUUGGGAGAAAAUGGUUUAUGAGGCAAAAUAAUGAAUACAAGUUUUGAAUGUUUUAGUCUCUCCUGCCUCCAUCUUGCUACCCCCUCUUCCCCAUCCCUACCCCCACUACUCCCUGGAACCAAAGAAAGAAGGAAGACCGUUGGGGGUAAUCCUGUACUCAGAGUCAUAUGACCUAAAUUAUUUUGUUCUGCCACAUACUUGCCAUGUUACAUUGGGCAAACCCUGUAUCUCUGAGCCUCAAGUCCCUCACCUCAAAAAUAGGGAUGAUACCAUCUCUCCUGCCCUUCUCUAAGGGCUUAAAAGGGUCAAAUGGGAUGGUGUGUGUGAAAGUACUUGGUAAAAUGUGAAGUCUAGCUGCGCGUAAGGUGGUAAUGUUAUUACUCUAGUGCUUUGGGAUGAAUUUCUCCCCUCAGUUUCCCUAAAAUUUAACAGAUCCUUCAUAUAGUCAGAAUUAGAGCUUCAUAAAUGUCUAACAUGUUCAUAAUCUGAAUGUGUGGGCUAUUAGUUGAACCCUUACCCUUCUUUACAUCAAAUGCUGUGCCAAUUUAGAGAAGACAGCCAGUCCAAGCAGGAUUACGGAAAUGUUAGGAAACCAAGGCAUGUAUCAUAUAUACUUGAGUAUAAACCUACCUGAAUGUCAGCCGAGGCACCUAAUACUACCAUAAAAACUGCAUUAAAAAUGUGCUCAAGAACUCGGCUUAUACACGAGUAUAUACGGUAUGUUAAAUGGGUUCUGUGGCUUUUAUGGUCUUCCCUCUGGUCUUAGCAGAAAUGUCAAUGUUGUUUUGAACUUGGCCAUAAGUGCGUGGCCAUUUUGGCCUCCUAGUUAAAGCUGAAUGUGGGAUUUUUCUAAACUAGUGACUUAUGUGUGUAUACGUAGAUUUUCUGUUUAUUUUUAAAUGAAAAUUAAGACUUCUAUUAUAUGGACUUUUUUCUUAGUCGAGCACUAGGCUAAACCAGCAGUAUUCAAAAUGUGGCCAAUGGAAACUAUUUUCAUAACAAUACAAAGACAUUUGACAUUUUCACCAAAAAAAAAAGUUAUAGAAAUGUAAAACAAUGUCACUCUGUCACUCUUUCCUGAAGCCUUUUUUAAAAAGAAAAUAUAGCUAUUUUUCAUAACAACAUUAUUUAUGUUAACAUGUAAUGGAUUUAUUAUUUUAAAAUGGAUUUGAAAAAUAUUUUUUCUGUUUUAUUAUCAAAUGUGGUAACUGUGAAUAGAUAUGAGCCACAUAAAUGAAAGCACUUUGAGGUUUCGAUCCCCAGUAAAUUUUAAGAUGAAAAAGUGGUCUGGAGAUUUGAAAAAAAGAGAGAGAGAGAGAACCACAGGAUGAAAUUAAGGAGCAAGAAGUUCUAUUCCUAAAUACUUAUUCUUGCAAUUUUUACAUUUUAAGUUCCUAUUCUUGGCUAUCAUGUUGCUUCUUAGAGAUAUCUAAAUUGCAGCAUAAGUAGAAUGUGGGUCCUGGAAACAAACGGCGCUUGCUUAAACUGAUCAAUGCCUCGCCCAUAAUGAUAACUGGCAUCAGCUACAAAGCUCACAGUGGUUUGCAUAUGACAGUGAUAGGCUAAACAAAAUACCACUUUCUUUAAGAAACAUUAGUUCAGGUUAGUUGGUUUGGAUUUUGAGUUAAAAAAAAAUCUUUACCCCAUCUGGUUUUAUAAAAAGAGUCUCUUAACAUUUGUUAUAAUUAAGGGACUUAACUGGAACAAUAUAUAUUUUGUAUGCUUUGUCUUUCUUACCUGAUUGAUAUUACACUCACCUUUGAUCGUUUUUAAUAAAGGUUUAUUUUUGAAAAAUA